AUGUAUCUUUGUAACACCAAACAAAUCACAAAUCCACCCGGCGGAACGGCAGAGAGGAAUCGAUGCAUCGCCGCCUCUCCGUCCCGAAAGGCGACACGCAGCGACAGGGGCUUCCUUCAGACUCUCCGGAAACAAUUCGUGGCCCAGCGGCCCAAUCAUUGUGAGCCCGAAGCAGCACCCACUCGCACCCGGUUCAGUCCCGGGCUUGGAGCCGUAAAUCGCCAAGUUCUACAAGUUGGAAUGCUGUCGUCACGCCUCAUUGGAUCUGCCCUGUUUACGGGCCCCACGUCUUUAUAUAUUCUCACUCCUCUGCCUCGGGUCUGUCUUAUCAGCACUUCCCGGUCAACACCUGCCGCAUACCCCAUACGCUCCGUACGCUCCAUACACUCCGGUUGUCAACCCUGCAGAAAGUGGAUUGCCCACAAGCCCCCAUCGUCAAGCUCGUCCCAGCUCCCGUGUUCCCUGUCGACGCUCAGCCCAAACCUAAGCCAACACGACGGCCGCGAAAAGCACUUAAGAACCAUGAACGACCCCGUUGCCAGAACCGCAUCUCCCUACACUGAUCCAUCCGUCAAAGGCCCUCGCAGCCAUCUUCUUUCUUCUCAACGUCCCUCGACCAAACCAUCCGACAUGCUCGUCAACACAGUAAACAAGACCGGCCUCCAUCCCGGCGGUGUCGUUCCUCACCACGAGCACACCGAGCUCGAGGAGGAGCUCCACGAGAAGGCUCACAUCGACUACAACCGUGUUGCCAUCAUCGCCAACCCAUCAGUGGCCGCCCUCUACGAGGAUGCUUUGGUCUACGAGACCGGCACUGCCAUCACCUCCAGCGGUGCUCUUACCGCCUACUCCGGCAAGAAGACUGGCCGCUCUCCAUCAGACAAGCGUGUCGUCAAGGAGCCAUCUUCCGAGAACGAAAUCUGGUGGGGCCCUGUCAACAAGCCCAUGACUCCUGAGGUCUGGAAGAUCAACCGUGAGCGUGCCAUCGACUACCUCAACACCAGAAAUCGCAUCUACGUCGUUGACGGCUAUGCCGGCUGGGACGAGAAGUACCGCAUCAAGGUCCGCGUUGUCUGCGCCCGCGCCUACCAUGCCCUCUUCAUGCGCAACAUGCUCAUCCGCCCCUCGCGCGAGGAGCUCGAGCACUUCCACCCCGACUACACCAUCUACAAUGCCGGUUCCUUCCCCGCCAACCGCUACACUGAGGGUAUGACCUCGGGCACCUCGGUCGCCAUCAACUUUGCCGAGAAGGAGAUGGUCAUCCUCGGUACCGAGUACGCGGGCGAGAUGAAGAAGGGUGUCUUCACCGUCAUGUUCUACGAGGGCCCCGUCAAGCACAACAUCCUGACCCUCCACUCCUCGGCCAACGAGGGCAAGGACGGCGACGUCACCCUCUUCUUCGGUCUCUCCGGCACCGGCAAGACCACCCUCUCUGCCGACCCCAACCGCGCCCUUAUCGGUGACGACGAGCACGUCUGGUCCGACACCGGUGUCUUCAACAUCGAGGGCGGCUGCUACGCCAAGACGGUCGGUCUGUCGGCCGAGAAGGAGCCGGAUAUCUACAACGCCAUCAAGUACGGCUCCGUCCUCGAGAACGUCAUCUUUGACCCCGAGACCAGGAUCGUCGACUACGACGACGUCACCCUGACCGAGAACACGCGCUGCGCCUACCCGAUCGAGUACAUCAACAACGCCAAGAUCCCCUGCCUGUCCAACAACCACCCCAAGAACAUCAUCCUCCUGACCUGCGACGCCCGCGGCGUCCUCCCGCCCAUCUCCAAGCUCAACUCGGCCCAGACAAUGUUCCACUUCAUUUCCGGUUACACCUCCAAGAUGGCCGGCACCGAAGACGGCAUCCUCGAGCCCCAGGCGACUUUCUCGUCUUGCUUCGCCCAGCCCUUCCUCGCUCUGCAUCCCAUGCGCUACGCAAAGAUGCUCGCGCAAAAGAUCGAGGCCCACGGCGCCAACGCCUGGCUGCUCAACACCGGCUGGGUGGGCGCCGGUUUCUCCCAGGGCGGCAAGCGCUGCCCGCUCAAGUACACGCGCGCCAUCCUCGACGCGAUCCACUCUGGCGAGCUGGCCAAGGUGGAGUAUGAGAACUAUGGUGUUUUCAACCUGCAGGUUCCCAAGACUUGCCCCGGCGUGCCUGACGAGCUGUUGAAUCCUCAGAAUGCCUGGACUGCGGGGGCCGACAGCUUCAAGGCUGAGGUUACCAAGCUUGGUGGGCUUUUCUUGGAGAAUUUCAAAAAGUAUGAGAGCGAGGCUACGGAUGAUGUGAGGGCUGCUGCGCCGGUUGUUUAA